AUGGAGGGAGGGAUGGAAGAAUGGAUGGAUGGGCAGGUGGGCAGGCAGGUGGAUGAUCAGACGAAACAGACGAUUAUUUAUAGGAAUACAGCAGCAAUUUCAAGAAUACCAAAGAGGCCCUCUGACCAAAAUUAUGUUCUCUGUAGGCCUUCAGGGAUGCCACCAUUAGAAAUUCUUCCCUUUGAGUUUUUCAGUGAGUGGUCCUUGGAUCUCUGGAUCAAAAUGAGCUUAUUUAGAGACUUGCUGGAGUGGGGCCCAGGAACCGACAGUUUAAGAAGCUCUCCAGAUACGGAUGUAAACGAAAGUGCCUCCCCGACUGCCGAGGAACAGCCAGAUGAACCUGAUGGCCCCCGUCCUGGCUCAGCCAGUGACCAAGAAAAGAAAGCAAAACGCCUCUGGUGUUGUUUCCUCUCCCUGACUAGCCGUCAUCCUUUUCUUCCCGCCAUUCCAAACCCCCCGAGAAGUCAGCUAGAAGACAGACUGAACAAUCAGGAGCGCACCAUCGCUUUCCUCCUUGAACAAGCCUUCCGCAUCAAGGAGGACAUCUCUGCUUGUCUUCAGGGGACCCACGGCUUUCGAAAAGAGGAGUCGCUUGCCAGGAAGCUACUGGAAAGCCAUAUCCAGACCAUCACCAGCAUCGUCAAAAAACUCAACCAAAACAUUGAGAUUUUAGAAGACCAAAUAAGAGUUCGAGAUCAGGCGGCCACAGGAACUAAUUUUGCAGUACAGGAGCUCAACACCAAGCACCUUCAAGGAGUCGGAGAUCUUCGAGGAAGAGUAGCCAGAUGUGAUUCCAGCAUUGUGAAGCUAUCUGGAGACAUUCACUUCAUCAGGCAUGAACACCGGCAAGUUGAGAAAACAAUUCAAGAGCUCAUGUCUGCCCUAGAAACUAUUUCUAAGAACUUGGAUAUGAAGGUAAUGCAGCUCUUAGGAAAGAUAGAGACUUCCAGUUCUGAGCAAACUUCAAAUUUAAAGAUGGUCCAGGGGGAUUAUCACCAUGAAAUGAACCUUUUGGAGUUCAAAUUUAAUUCACUUUCAAAUAAUCUGUGUGAGGAAGUUGAGAACAAUAAAAAAUGGACAGAAAACCAGUUCAUCAAAUAUGAAAAAGACCUCCUCAGCCAUAUCAAUCAGUGCCUGAAGCUCCUGCGGGAGAAACUGGAAAAGUCUGAAAAUAAAAUGGAAGAAAAAUUACUGCAACUUUCAAGCAAAUUAGAGAAUUUCAUUAACACACAGAAACAGGAAGCAGAACUAAACAAAGUAAAGCAUAUAGAAAAUAAACUGUCCAAAAAGAUGAACCAACUGGAAAAGCACAUCUGGAGUGAAUUAGAGAAAAUGCAGACUGAAUAUCAAUCAGGAUUUAAAUCAAUUCAUGACUCUCUCAGCUCCCUCCAACAAAUACAGAAAACAAAGAUGGAUAUAGAGAAAUAUAAAGUACAGAAAGACCUAAAGAAAUUACGGCGUAAGAUAGUGGAACUCCAGGAAGUAUAAAACUUUCCAGUCAUCUUCUUUUUCACCAGGCAAUGGAGCAGUUUGUUGGUAAAAUCUGGGGAAAAGAAAGUUAAUAUCACUGUGAUGUUUAUUGCCUCUAACAUCUCUGUAUUUCUUACUACCUUUUUAAGGAGAUGAAGGUACCAGAAAAUCCAAUAAAGCAAAGAAGC